AUGGAUUCAGUGGGACUAAAUGUGAUUGAAGCAGCAGCUCUUGGGAGACCCUUCCAGCUGGGCAUGCUGUAUGACUGCAGAAAAGAUGCUUUAAUACCAGGGGUCAGACUUUGGAAUAAAGAGCAGCUUCAGCAGAAUAUUUGCUCUCGUCCACAAAUUAAUACUGAUUUCAAUGUCACAGCUUCAGACUCCAUUAAGGACAAAUCCAGAUUACUAAAUAUUGGCGGUGAAUUGAAACUGAGUUUUUUAGGUGAUCUCAUCCAUGUUAGUGGUGCAGCAAAGUAUCUCAAAGACACCAAGACGUCUUUCAAACAGCAGAGACUGACGCUACAUUAUCAUUCAACAAACCGAUUUGAAGAACUGAUCACAAACCAUUUGUCUUCUGGAAGUAUUGCUGCUGAUGACAAUGAUAUAGGCACACAUGUAGUGACAGCAAUACUUUAUGGAGCAGAUGCAUGUUUUGUAUUUGACAGAGAAGUUUCCUCAGACGAGGACAAAAAAACAGUAAAAGGAGAAGUAAAAGUGGCUCUUGAGAAACUACAAGGCAUUGUUUCAGUAGGUGCAAAUGCUGAAAUUAGUGUGAAUGAGAAUCAGAAAACUGCAGUCAAAAACUUCACAUGCACAUUUUAUGGCGACUUCCAGCUGCCGUCUAACCCGACCUCUUUUGAAGACGCAUUGAAGGUUUUUGCUGAUCUUCCAAAACUGCUGAAAGAAAACCAAGAGUUGGCGGUUCCUCUGAGAGUUUGGCUUUAUCCUCUGGACAAACUUCACUCAAGAGCUUCAAAACUUCAUAAAGACAUCAGCAUGGAUCUGAUCAUAAACACUGAAUCAGUGAUUGAGAGUUUAAAUACAGCUGAGAUGAAAUGCAGUGAUCUUCUAGAAGACUCUCCCGCUCUGACUUUUGCUGCAUUUCAUGAUAAAAUACUGCAAAUAAAGCAAAACUGCUACAGCUACAAGUUGAGGCUGGUGAAGAAACUCGGCUCUCUGCUGCCAAACAUCCGUGGAGACGUGAUGAAGGAAACUGACCUGACUGAUCUUCUACAAGAACAUGAUGAAUCUCCAUUCAGAGGAAGAGAUCUUGCAGAAUGGCUGAAAGAGAGAGAAAGAGAGUCUGAGAUCAUUAAAAUACUCCUCAGACAGCUGAAGGAUUUUGGUGCACAGGUGGAAGUCAACAUAGACGCCAUCUUGAUGGAUCUGGAGGUCGGGAAUCUGGUGAGUUACACAUUCACAUCACUGGACUGCUCAGAUGUGCUGCUUCUUCAACAGACUUCUUAUCUGAGUCCUUCAACACAAGGAGAAACUGAUGAGAAGGGCCCUGACUCAAAGCAAAAGUCUUGGCUCUCUGCUGAGAUCCAAAAGACCAUGAGGAGAAACUUGGAGAUAUUUAAGAACUUAAUUGAUUCGAAAGGCCGUAAACCUGCCAGAUUUAUUGUGUCCUCAAAGGAAAUGGUGUAUAAUCCUGGUUCCUGCAUUCUGCUGUAUGAACAUGGAUGUGAUGACGCUGUUUGCUUCACUCCUCCGUCCAAACCAGUCUGUCCGGUCACUGAAGAGGUCAAAGGUCAGAGUGUGGUUCUGAAGGUGGUUCCUCCAUCAUGUCCUGCUACAGUGGAGCUCAGAUUACUGUAUAAAGUGAAGCAAGACACAGUCUGGAGAUCUGAAGCUGUGCUGAAGGAUCAAGACACAGUUACUCUGACUGAUCUGAGAGAAGAAGCUGAGUAUGAGAUCAAAUGUGCAGCGCUGGGGAAACUCAACUACACUGUAGACAGUGACGUCCUCCAUCUACGGGUCAUUGAGAAGAUCAUCAUGAAAAUAGAUUAUGUGAUUAAAAAUCUGAGCUUUACUGAAAACAAGUGCACUGCCCUUUUGAAAGACACUAGGACAAACACAUUUAGUGCAUUUCACAAGAAGAUUGAAGAUAUGAAGCGAUUCUGCCAAACUUACAGACAAGAUUUCAAAGAUAGAAGUCAGUCGCUGAUCCAGUCAGUUCAAUCCUGUAAAGAAGAGACUUGUGCUUUGACCAAUCUUCUACAAGCUCAUGAGGAGUCUCCAUUUAACACACAUGAUCUCAUGGAGUGGAUCAGAGAGAAAGAAAAAGAAUUAAAGACAUUUGGGGAGUUUCUUCAACAGAUAUUGGACAUCGGAGCUGAAGUGAACACCAGCUUAGAUACAGUUUUGUCAAAUAUUAAGGUAAAGAAUGUGGUUUGCUACACGUUUAGUUCCCUUGAGCGGCCAGACGAGCUGCUUUCUGAACAGAAACAUUACCUGAAAGCUCAAACAACAUCCAGAAAGAAGAAUGCAAAAACAUCUCCUCGAGUAUUGACGUGGCUCACUGGAAACAUCAGGGAGAAAAUGAGAGAACAUUUAAUCAUGUUUAAGGAGCUGAUGUUUUUACACAACAGUCAGUCCACUAAAUUUAUUGUUUCCUCAAUAGACCACAAAAAUCAUCCUGGUUCCUGCAUUCUGCUGUAUGAACAUGGAUGUGAAGACGCUGUUUGCUUCACUCCUCCGUCCAAACCAGUCUGUCCGGUCACUGAAGAGGUCAAAGGUCAGAGUGUGGUUCUGAAGGUGGUUCCUCCAUCAUGUCCUGCUACAGUGAAGCUCAGAUUACUGUAUAAAGUGAAGCAAGACACAGUCUGGAGAUCUGAAGCUGUGCUGAAGGAUCAAGACACAGUUACUCUGACUGAUCUGAGAGAAGAAACUGAGUAUGAGAUCAAAUGUGCAGCGCUGGGGAAACUCAACUACACUGUAGACAGUGACGUGAUCAGAGUCACAGCAGAGCAAAAGAACAAGAAACCAGCGGUUAUGGAAAACGUACAUCUCACUGGAAAACAGAAGCUGAAUCUGGUGCUGUGUGGAAGUGGUGAAAUACUGACGAGCUCCUUAUCAAAACUAAUAAGAGGGGAAAAGAAUUCCCCUUUACAUCAGAAAGCAAGCAGUAAAGAGUGUGUGAAGAAAGAGGAGAAGAUUCAUGAUCGUCUGAUCAGUCUGCUGGAGCUUCCAGCUCUCAGUCGUCUCUCAGAGGAGGACGUGAUGCAUCAGACUCUCCGCUGUGUGUCUCUCUGUCAUCCUGGAGUUCAUGCUUUCCUCCUCAUUGUUCCUGUUGGUCCACUUACUGAUGGAGACAAAGCAGAAACAGAGAAGAUCCAGAAGAUAUUUGACUCCAGAGAGCACUUCAUGCUGCUCUUCACAACAGAGCUCACUGUUGAAGGAAUUGCAGCAGAGUUUGUCACAUACAGCCCAGAAUCUCAGAGGUUAAUCAGUCUCUGUGGAGAUCAGUACAGAGUGAUGGGGUUAAAUGAACCUGAAAACAGACAGAUCCCAGAACUGCUGGAUUAUAUAGAGAACAUGAAGACUGAACCGUAUUCACCUCAGAUGUAUGUGAAAGCUCAAGAGAACAGAGCCAGACGUGAACUGGAAGAACAACACAAGAAAGAACUGAGUGAAAAAGAGAGCAGAAUCAAAAAGUUGCAGCAGAACAUUCAGUCAUGCUGUGCUGAAGGUGAAGCAGGUGAUCAGGAGAGUCUAAGGAUUGUGCUGAUCGGGAGAACAGGAAAUGGAAAGAGUUCAACAGGAAACACUAUUCUGGGAAGAGAUGAGUUUGUGAGUAAAGCAAGAUCAGAUUCAGUGACGACUGAUUGUAAGAAGGGAGUUGGUGAAGUUGAUGGUCGAUCGGUAGCUGUUAUUGAUACUCCAGGACUCUUUGACACACCACUGACAAAUGAACAGGUAGCAGAAGAAAUAAUGAAAUGUGUCUCACUGUCGUCACCUGGACCUCAUGUGUUUGUCAUUGUGUUGAGUGUGGCAAGAUUCACACAGGAAGAAACCGACACUAUGGAUCUGAUAAAGAAGAUCUUUGGUCCAAAAUCUGCUCAGUUCAGCAUCGUUCUGUUCACCAGAGGAGACGAUCUUGAGGGUAAAUCUGUAGAGGAUUAUGUGAGGGAAAGUAAUUCUGCAGAACUGAAGAAACUGAUCAGAGACUGUGGAAACAGAUUCCUGGCUUUCAAUAACAGAGAAAAACAAGACCGAACUCAAGUGAUUCAUCUGUUAAACAUGAUAGAAGAGGUGAAAAAUACUAAUGAGGGUCGAUAUUUCACUAACAGCAUGUUUGAUGCAGAGAUGGCCAUUAAGAAGAAACAAAGCGCAGAUGAGGAGAGAAUGAAAAUGCAGAAUCAACUGAGAGAAAAAGAGACAAAACUCAGAAAAGAAUUUGAAGAGAAAGAGAAAAUAGAUCAGAAGAAACGAGAGAUUGAAAACCAGAAAUGA